AGAGGGAGUGAGAAGCAGACUGGCAGCCCCGCUAUGAGGAUCUACCGAUAAUAGAAACGGGUAAUGUGGUCAUGUUGCAGUUGCUUGUCCUGAAUUCGGCUCGCACUGGCUGGAUAUCCGUUUUCAUGAAGCGGCCUGCAGGAGCUCAUCUCUGGAAGGAAUAAAUUGCGCCCUUCGCCGCGCUGCCGCUGCUGGAGACGCGACUUCACCCCUCCACCCCCAAAAAACAAGAAUGGGGUCUCAAACCACAACACUGCAGCUAAGAUAAAGUGGCCUUGCGUUUAGUUUCUCUAAUGGCAAAUUUUGCAAGUUACCAAGAGAGCAAAGGCGAAAUGUUGAUGCUGGAGCCGCAGCAGCAGAGGGCUAUUGGGACUAAACCGGCGGCCAACGGCGACACCUCUGUCGGGGAACCCCCUUCUUCUUCUUCCCUGCUCAGUAGCGGCGGAGCUCGCUUCCAUCAACACUUACCGCCUCCUCCUCACCACCACCACCACCACCACCACCAGGCUCCACAGCCGAAGGGACAGCAGCAGCAGCCGCAGCACCACUACCAGGCGCAGCCACAUUUGGAUAUCGAAAACCAGCAGGAAUCUCCGAGGUCCUCCUCGUCUUGUGUUAACCCGGUACACGAGGCCACCGCUACUACUUCAAGCCACACACAGGCUACCUCAGCUGCCUCUGCUAUAGCUGUGAACGCCGGCGCCGCUGCUGCUACGGACGGAGUGGAUGACAUUAGAAAGUGCGGUUACCUGCGGAAACAGAAACACGGCCAUAAGAGGUUUUUUGUCUUGCGGUCGUCGAGUCAUUUAGGGCCGAGCCGACUGGAGUACUAUGACAGCGAAAAGAAAUUUCGUAGUAGCCUUCGCUCCGCUGCUGCUGCCACCUCAUCUGCCGGGGCCGCGGCCACUGCCUCUCCUCCCAAACGGGUGAUCUAUCUCUACCAGUGUUUCACUGUAAACAAAAGGGCGGAUUCAAAGAACAAACACCUCAUAGCUCUGUAUACUAAGGAUGAGUACUUUGCGAUUGUGGCUGAGAAUGAGCAGGAGCAGGAGGACUGGUACUUGGCCCUGAGUGAGCUGAUGAGUGAGGGCAAAAAAGGCCACAUGGAGGCGGAUGAGCUCGAUGACAGCUACGGUACGGUAACCCCAGGCACCGUCUUCAAGGAGGUGUGGCAGGUAAACGUAAAACCCAAAGGCCUAGGACAAACAAAAAAUCUCACUGGUGUGUACAGGCUGUGCCUCUCUGCUAAGAGCAUUCAUUUGGUGAAACUGAACUCUGAGACCCCAUGCGUAAACCUGCAGCUGAUGAACAUCAGACGCUGUGGCCACUCGGAAAGCUUCUUCUUCAUAGAGGUUGGGCGCUCCUCCUCCAUCGGCCCUGGGGAGUUAUGGAUGCAGGUGGAUGACUCUGUGGUGGCUCAGAACAUGCACGAGACCAUUUUAGAGACCAUGAAGGCGCUGAAGGCCUUUGCUGAGUUCAGGCCGAGGAGUAAAAGUCAGUCUUCAGGCUCCAACCCUAUGGCGUUCAUCACCACACGCCGCCACCUGGGCAACCUCCCUCCCAGCCAGACCGGACUCCAGCGGCGGUCGCGGACUGAGUCUGUUGUGGGCACCCCACCUAGCAGCAAGAGCAGCGGUGCGAGCGGAUACCGGUUUCGCACCUCUAGUGAGGGCGAGGGCACUAUGAACCGCCCCUUCCGGUCCGUAACAGGCAGCCUGAUGCACCUCAAUACAGCCCGUGCCAAUCUGAGCAGACAGGAGAGCAGCAGUGGUGGAGCUGGCAAUCGAUACGUACGAGCCUUACCGGGUGCCACCUAUCACGCACGGUCAGCCUCUCUUCCAGUCUCCCACUUCCCCUCCACCACCAGUCCAGUUAGUGUGUCCAGCAGCAGCGGCCACGGCUCUGUCACUGACACCAUCACGCGCCCUUCAAGUGCGUCCAUCUGCGGCUCACCCAGUGAUGGAGGCUUCAACUCCUCUGAUGAGUAUGGCUCCAGCCCAGGAGACUUCCGCUACUUCAGAGUACGUAGCAACACACCUGACUCGCUGGGCAACACGCCGCCCAUCCGCGAGGAGCAUUGUCUGAGUGACUAUAUGGCUAUGGGUUGGAACCGAGACAUGUUUGGUGGAAGCGCUGGGGAGGCUUCUCGUGAUGAGAGCACAGAUGAAGAUUCGCGGACAGGGUCAUUCAGGAGGCGGACUCCCUCAUUCACCAGGCAAGUCGGGGGUGGCGGCGCCGGUGGCGUCGCUGUUUACCAGAAAACGACUCAGACCAACUUCUCGCUGGACGAGGCUGUGGCUGAGGGAAGCUCUCUGGGCAGCAGUGGCCAGCCUGCCUCCACCUCCUCCUCGCUUCGCUCUGACUACAGCUCCAGCUCUGAACACAGCCAGGACCGCCUCCCUGCUUUGCGGGCUGCGGACUCCUUUAAAGAUGAUGGAUACAUGCCUAUGAUGGCUGGUGUCGUGCCCUCCCCACGCGACACAGACUACAUGCCUAUGCAACCCAGUGCCCUCCUCUCUGCCUCCCCACAGAUCCACAGCACUGCCUCCCAACACGUAGACUCACAAGGCUACAUGAUGAUGCUGCCAGGUGGGAGUGGUAGUGCAGACUCCUCAGCACCAGCCAGUCCUCACAUCAGCAGCAGGGGUCUUAGUCAGAGAGGUGCUGAGCGCCCUGAGAAUGGAGAAUACAUGGACAUGUCCCAGAGCAGGCCCGCAGCAGGUGGACGAAAACUGUCUAAUGACAAUUACUACACGCUGACCACUCCUGAGACACCCAAAUCCUACAGCCCGUACUUCUCCCUCCCACGCUCAUACAAAACCCCAACGAGAAAUCGGAGUGAGCAUGAUGAAUACGUUCCCAUGAGCUCACCAGCAAAACCCAUCUACACCCCUCCCACUGCCACACCUGAGCACAGUGGCAGGUGCUCCUCUAGUGAAGCGCUACAGCACAAUGGCUGUAGUGAUGUGCAUGUGACAGAUCGCCGGGCGGUGCGUCCUAACCUCCUCCCCCUUAGCCGGCGCAGUCUCCAUGGGUCGUUCAGGGUUAGCAAGGAUGCAGAAGGCCCCUCCAGUCCUGGAGAGUACAUUAACAUUGAGUUUGGGGACCAGGCCACCUAUUCUGCCUGCCCACUCACUACAGAGGAUGCCUCUUCUGCCCACAGCAUGAGCCAGGAGCGCAGGUGCUCGCCCCUCCCCCAGGACUACAUGAGUGUUGAGGUGGACGGCCUUCCACCUAAAAGCCAGUCUCCACGGCCUUCUCUGGUGGCUCCUUGGAACCCACCUACAUACAUCCGCCCCUUGGCUUCCUCUUCCUCCCAUGGCAGUGGGGUCAGUGUGGGUCGGCAGGAUGAUUACGCUGAGAUGAGCUUUGUUCAACGGGAGGAGUCCAGGAGCCAUGCGGCUAUGCUGCCACACCUGCGUGUUGUGGAGCAGUGUUGUCCAAGCUCUAGUCCCCCUCCCGAGCCAAAGGUGAUCCGUGCAGACCCCCAGGGCAGGCGGAGACACAGCUCUGAAACCUUUGUCACUUCUUCAGAGGUGACCGGUGGGAGUGGCCCAAACAGCAGUGCCCCAGUGCCUAGUGGUGCCCCUCAGGUGGGGGGCGGUAAGUGGCAGAGCUCGCCGUCCUUUGACAGUGUGUGGAUGUGUGUAGAUAGUGUGCUGGCGAGUGAUGCAGGGGAAGCACCUGGCUUCUCUUCAAACCGGGCUGAAGCAAGUACCUCUUCCAUGAGGACUGAAAGGACUCAAUCUGUGGAACACCAGAACAGCCUCAACUACAUUGCCCUGGACCUGAGAGAGGACCCCCGGGCCGGGAGUGCCCUCGAUGCCCCUCCCUUGUCGCCCUCUGCUGUGCCCCUCCUGGAAAAUGGGGCCUAUGCCAGCAUAGACUUCACUAAAUCUGAGGGAAUCACUGCAGUUUCUAAAGACUGAAGAGCUGCUUGGCUGCGUUUGAGUGAAUUGGAGUCCCACCCAGCUACCGAUGGCCCAUCACACUCUCUGCAGAAACAACACCAGGGGACCUCCACUUUGAUUUCACUUCAUGUCCUCCCUUUGAAUUUAUCCUAUUUAAAACAGGAUCGGUGUCAUAUGAGUUUAAUGCUUUUAUUAUUUUGCUCGUUUUGAUUAUUUUGAUGUUGGGUUUCUUUUCCAUUGCUGCAUUAAAAGGGAGGUUUGCUCACUGAGAUGCAGGGAGCCCAGUACUCUAAACAGCCUCACCUGGGCAGGUACGCCAUCUACAAGCAUUAAUACUGACUAAGUCUCAUGCAUUUGCGACUUAGAUUUCAGGUGCAUUUCUUAUGAAUUUUAGU